CUGGUAGACCAAAAAAUAAUUAUUUCACAAUGAGCACACGCGCUUUCAACAAUUAUGUUCCGUUGUUCAGAGAUUUUUCAGUUGCACUGAUCUCCGUGGUUUUGAUUGCAAGCUUAGUGAAAUACCUACUGAACAAGAGACGACUCUUCGUAGUUGCCGCCAAGCUUCCGGGCCCGACCGCCUAUCCCAUCGUCGGAAAUGCAUUGAUAUUCGCUUCAGACCAACUGUUCGAGCGUAUCGUGGGUAUCCUCGAGCUGUACGGCAAUGUGACACCAAUGAGACUGUGGAUGGGUCCAAAGCUUUGCAUCGUAAUCACCGAGCCACGUGACAUUGAGAUCGUUUUGCACAGUCCACAGUCAAGUACCAAAGGAAGCCAUUACAGGUUCUUUUAUCCUUUUAUCGGCAAUGGCUUGAUUAGCGGAUCUGGAAAAACUUGGAAAGCUCACCGAAAAAUGGUGUCCCACCUGUUCACUCAACGCACUUUCGAAGCCUUUGUCGCAACAUUCAACAAUCGAAGCACGGAGUUGGUGCGGAAACUAAAACCUCUGGCCAAUGGAGAGGUAUUUGAUAUCUUCCACUACAUCGAAGGCUGCACCAUAGAUAUUUGUUGCGAAACAAUAAUGGGCCACUCCUCCGCGAACGCGUUGACCAAUCCCAACUACGAGUUCAUCCAUCACACAGCUCAGAUGUACCAAAUAACGUACGACCGGAUGCUGAAAGCCUGGCUGCAUCCAGAUUGGAUUUUCCGGAUGACAGCGAGACACAGGCGGCAACAGCGCGCCAAAAGUGUCAUCAACGACUUCACCGAACGGUGCAUCGAAUCCAGGAGGCAAGAGACGCGGGACGGAGUCAUCGGCGUGUCCAUACUCCACAAGCUGUUGGCAGCCAACGAGGACGCGAGGGAGUUGAAUGACGAGGAGCUGAGGGACGAGAUCUACACGGUUUACAUCGCUGCUCAAGAUACUCUAGCUCUGACGAGCAGCUUUGCCGUUCUGAUGAUGGGAAUACACGAAAGCGUUCAAGAUAAGGCCAGGAACGAAGUCAAAGAAGUACUAGGUGACAACGAUGUCGACGUAGAAGGUUUGUCCAAGUUGAAGUACGUCGAGAUGGUUAUAAAGGAGACCCUACGGCUUUUUCCUGUGGGCCCGCUUUUGGGACGUCGAUUGACCGGGGAGUUGAAACUAGACAAGUGUGUACUUCCAAAAGGCUGCGAGGUGGUGAUGGCUCUGUACGGGACGCACCGUAGUCCCGAGUAUUGGGACCAACCCGAUGAAUUUAUCCCGGAACGUUUCAGCUCCGAAAAUGUUUCCAAAAGACAUCCUUACGCCUUUGUCCCCUUCAGUGGUGGACCGAUGGGGUGUAUCGGUAAAAACUACGCGAUAAUGGCACUGAAAACAAUGUUGGUAAAUGUCAUCCGGGGAUACGUGAUCAAAUCGGACGUUGCUCUCAAGGACGUCAAAUUAAGAACGGAUAUUUCCGUUAGGUCGGUCCAUGGUUACAGAGUCUCUUUGAGUUCUCGUGAAAAACAACGUGACGUCGAUGAAUGAACGAAAUCGAGCGAAAUUAGUUUUCAUACCUUCAAAUACAUUGAAAACCUCAUUUCGUAAAACAAUAUUUUUAUAAGAGUAUAUGUUUUUAUUUAUAC